GACGAGUAUCGCCAGGGUCCUACUGAAAUAUUUAAGGAAAAUGGAGGCCCAAAGAUAGUUGAUGAGAUUUGCAGGUCCGUUUCUGAUGUUGGGGGUUUAGAUGUGAUUCUAAGGUGCCUUGAUGAUAGUGGUAUGCAGGCAAACAGAGCUGCAUCAAAAGCUCUGUGCUCUUUGUUGUCUAGGCUUGCAGGAAGUGAUGUUUAUAAGAACGUUAUUGUUGAAAAGGGAGGCGCAGAUAAGCUUGUUAAUCUUUCAGCGAGAUUCUCAGAUGAUCCUUUGGUGCUGCAAGAAGUCAUGUCAAUUAUAACUACUCUAUGUUUGAGGUCCCCAGAGAAUGCAGCUCGUGUCAUCGAAUCUGGAGCCGGGGACCUCGCUAUUCAAACUAUGAAAAAGUUUCCUCAGUCGGAUCAGCUGCAGAGGAGCUCUUGUUUCAUGAUCAGGAACCUUGUCGUUCGAAUGCAGAUUGCAGAAAACAGAAAAAUUCUGCUUAACAAUGGCAUUGAGCAACUAAUCCGAAGGGCGAAGCAAACCCACAAGAACUGCAAAGCUGCUGCCACCGAUGCUCUUAGGGAUUUAGGUUUGGACAAUUACAACUUGUGAGCUUCUUUACUAAUAUUCCCUCACCAUAUUUCAUACUAUUGCUUUGUUUUAGCCACUGCCCAAGAAUUUCACCUGUUGUAAUCUCAUCACAUCUAUUUUACUAGUACUCCCUCCGUCCCAUUGAA